AUGGGUUCGAAUUCUUUGUCAGGGCCAAUACCAAAGAAUUUGGGAAGCCUUCAAAAUCUACAAAUCUUGAACUCCGGCAGCAACUUGUUAGAGAGUUCCGAUGAUUUAAGUUUUAUCACUUCAUUGACUAACUGCACCGAUCUUAUUUGGCUUGGGUUAACCCAAAUCAACCUCUCAGGUGUUUUGCCUGAUUCAAUUGGAAAUGUCUCUGCAAGUCUCAAUCACUUAUGGAUAGAUUCCAAUGAUAUAUUGGGUACCAUACCGAAAGAGAUAGGAAACCUUGUAGGCUUGGAGUUCCUUGCAUUAUAUGAAAACAUGCUUACAGGCAGUAUCCCUGAUUCUAUUGGAAAACUUUCCAAGUUGAAGUAUUUCGGCGUUAACAUUAAUAGAAUCACAGGGAAAAUUCCUCAUUCUUUGGGAAAUAUGACCCAACUACUUGCUCUUGGCAUCAGCGAAAAUUUCCUAGAAGGAAGCAUUCCUACAUCUUUGGGCAACUGCAGUUACUUGGAAGCAUUGGAUCUAUCAUUGAAUCGUCUUAAUGGCACAAUACCAAAGGAAGUUAUCGGUCUCUGUUCCUACUCAAGAGAACUCAACUUUGCUUCAAAUAGUUUAACGGGAACUUUACCCCCAGAGGUUGGAAACUGCAAAAAUCUCAAUACGGCAACUCUUUUGAAGGAACUAUUCCUUCUUCGUUCCGAAAAUUAA